UUAGAAAUUGCCAAACGCAUGCUCCUCUCACAAAUGUCGAUUCUAUAUAAUUUUGACCAGUCUUCGCUUUCUCCGAGCGAUAAGAAAUCGAGGUUCUACCGUAUACGCACAUAUGCUCAUUAUUAUCGUCGCUCAUAACAAGAGUAAGCAUAUAUAUAGUCAUACGACAACGCAGUAUAGUCACUACGAACUACGAUGGCGUGUCGCUCGUCCGAUCCAUUUGUAAAAUGGUCUCCGAUGUCAAACUCCCAAGAUUCUGCAUGAAAUCUUGAGUCUGUGUAAAAAUCGCCAAGUUUAAAGAGGUUUAUAAUACCUUCCUCGUCGAUAUGUUCGCGACACGAUAAACGAAAGUUCAAGCUCGACCGUGCGAGUUGAGAUAAAGUAUUGGACGAAAAAGACUGAAACGCGAUCGUGGAACGAGAGGUUAUGAUCGCUUACGAGAACAAAACAAAAACAGUGUCGUUCACCGUUGUCCCAGGGUGCUCAUCGGUGUUGAAUAUUCCAAUAAAAUUAUAUUAAUCGCAGAACAUCAAAAGAGUAGCGAGUCGAAUGAAAAGAUUCAUGGCUCUCGAUAAAGGCGCAUUUCCGGUUGAACCGAAGUACGCUUAUCCUUGAAUUCUCGUAUUUUUGGGUGAUGUUAGGCACGACGAGAAAACGCCGCAAAAGAAGAUUCCAAGGUUCAUCAGCGGAGUCGGGAUAAGCGCACAAAAGUGUGUACGCAAACAGCGAACCGUCCGAAAGACAAUAAAUAAUAAAUAAUAAAAACGAGGAACCUUCACUCGGACUCGUUCCUACGGGCAGAUGACGAAAACAGAGUGCCUUCAAUAGCAGGGUUAACGAAGGAAAAUAAAGAGGAAACCCGAUUCGUUACAAUCAGAUAACAAAUUUUUUCAAAAAACUAGUCUUCCGAACAAGGAAACGUUUAGGAUGAACGCGGUUAUCGCGAUGUGUACGUUUUGCGAAAUGCACGGACCCAGAGUUAUAUUCACUACACAAACAUACCGCACGUUCGACGAAACGUGUGUGAAAAAAAUGAGAUUUUAUGGGCCUAAGGAGAUUAUGAGACGCGGGGGCAGCGACAACGCCGGCGAAUCCAGCGAUGAUCCCUUGCUUCAUCGCACCAAUGAGAAUUACGACAAAAAUUGCGACGGUUGCGAAAGCUUGGGUAACGUCAAAUAUCUCAGCAACGAACAUGAAAGUCGCACUUCCUUUUUAUCCGCCAGACAAGCCUUGACAGAAGAUAUGGUCAAUUUGCUCAAACACGCCUGCAUCAGGAGCCUCAGCUGCGAAGUCCAUCUCGGUAAAGAAGGCGUUUGCUACUUCGGUGAUGAACACCGUGGUCACGUACUCAGUCAUGCAUUCACCCUCAAAGAUGCUCAGGCGCGUGGAAUAAGGAGAUCGUGUAGUUUCAUCGUAUUCAUGAGAGACAAGCAGUUUCUCUUGAACAUGUGGCCAUUCCUGGUCGACAAUCUUCGACAAGUGAUCCGAGAGCUGCAGGAAUACGCCGAGAUAAAAUACAGAGCAGACGAGGCCGAGAACCCUCAGCGGUCGGCGCGUUUGGCAACCGCAAACGCUGGACCGGCUGCCAACCGUGACGCCAGUCGGGGAAGUCCUCGAGGAUUGUGUGAAAUUACGAACGAGAAACAUGUGUUCGUGAGAAUUCACAUGUGGCUUGUUUGGAUCCUGAGCGCGGGGGGUCGACACUUCGUUGAAAUAUUUCCAAAUUGUGAUUACUUAACGAGCGACAGUGAAAAAACUGACGACGACGACGACGACGACUACGAUAUUGAGCAGUUCGAAGAUGCGGCUUAUACGGACUACAAGGUAGUAAAGACCGACACUAGACGAAACAACUUGAUGAGUAGAUUCGCUAACGUGGAAAUGAUACGAGAAAUUUGUACUCCGGAAUUCGUUGGAAUAUCGAAAAAAUCACCGACCCUCAUUCUACGACAGCUCGCGUCCUGUCUCAGUAAACAGGAGUUUCGACAAUUGUUGUACGCGAGCUUGACCGGAAUACAAGUUCUGGUACGUGGCCCCAAACCCGAAAGACUCGAAGCUCUUUACGCCCUGAGUCAUCUCGUUCCAAGAGCAUGUCGCAGAGUUCACGUUACCGCGAGCGAAUACACUGAGAACGAAGAGUGCAAUAAUUUUUUGGGCGUCGAGAGCACGGUCGCUGUACCCUUGCCUUGUUCGAGCGUUUGCCGGCUCGAAAUAAUCGCGGAAGAGCACAGAAGCGAAACCGAGCCCAGCUCGCAUCUCGUUCGAUGGGCUGGCAACUUACCUCUCAAAUUACCAACUCUCCUUAUCAAACUCGAAAAAUCUCUCGACAACGAUCAAAUGUCCGAUGGUGUUCUUCGCGCACAUUUUGCUGCAUUGCAGGAAGAAUGGGCCAAUAUCGCGAAGGUGCUGCACGCGAUGCGCGGACGUGGGCACAGGGGCGAUUUGUCUGGGCUGAUGAUGAGUCUGGGAGCUGGACCGCACGAUCAGAAAUUAUUGGACGCUUGGUCGAUGGGACUUCCGUCAAAUCCUGCUUAAUUCAUAAAUACCCUAAUGGACGAAGAGCAUUUUCUCAUCAUUUUCGUACACAACCAUGAUGUCGUUGGACGAACGAGAUCCAAAUAAAUUAUUACCAACCUUGA